AUGGAUCUCCUAGCGUACACUGAGCGAGGCGUAAGCCGUGUACCUCUAUUAUCUCGUUAUAACAUUAUUGAUUUCCGCUUGUAUUCAAGUGGAAAUAAAACAAAUAAUGUAAAAGAUAAACAGCCACCAGAAGCCGUUUCAUUUGAAACGAGUGGACGAACGUCUGAAAAUCCUGUGUGGUCAAUAAAGGAUCAAGCAAGCCAUAAAACGAAAUUAUCCGGUAGUCAUGAGCAUGAUUCUAAGCCUUUAGCCGAUUCUUCACCCACUCCAACACCCACUCCAACACCCACAUCAUCCCCGGUUGCAUCAACAACUGACCAAGUUCAUGUAGGUGAAGGACGUAUGAAAUCAAAUAGCCCAGUAUGGUCAACAGUAACUGAUAACUAUUCUGGAGGUGCUACUUCAAAAAAAGAGGAUAAAAUUGAUCCAUCAGCAACUUUUAUUCCAAAAAGAAAGUAUUCGACGUCAUCGUCUAAGUCGAGCAACACGGAUAAAAGUGCGAAAAGAAUUGAUGUUCAUUCGGAUAUUUAUCCUCCGUCAACAGUAGAAAAUCAGACACCUAUAUCGUCCAAAACAGAUUCCUCAUCAACACAAGAACAAGUACCGUCUGCUCAAACAACAGAGCGCACCGUUUGGUCUGCUCAAAGACUAGACACAGUUCACACACCCGGUACAAGUCGUCCAACAACAGCAUUUAUCCCAUCAUCCACAGAUGCAUCAUCGCAUCGAUCGACGGUUUAUAGUCCAGUUGGAGAUAUCAAUAUUGCUGAUCCUUUUAAAACCAAGAAUGUACUGCCUACUACAUCAUCGAAGUCCUCGUCCAACACAAUUUCCCAACCAGUUUCACCGCCGAAACCAUCAGCUGACUCGAUAACGACGACCUCCUCUGUAAAUUCAACGUCAACACAAGAUCAGCCACCUUUAUCAGAAAAGACUGAGCGAACAAUUUGGUCUGCGCAAAGACCAGACACAGUUCACACACCAGGUUCAAGUAGUCCAACAACGACAUUUAUCCCAUCAUCCUCAGAUGCAUUAUCACAUCGAUCGACAGUUUAUAGUCCGACUGGAGAUAUCAAUGUCACUGAUCCGUUUGAUACAUCUGUGCCGGUUGAGAUGGCUUCCUUGGAACAGAGAAAAAGCAAUAUUCCUCCAUCAGCAGCAAAAACGUUCGGAGGGCAAGAUACGUCUAUAUCAUCGUUUCGUUCAACACCAACAACAGCAGAUACGAAUAAUCGAUCAACUGAAAGACCCAUCCAAAGCAAAGAUCAAAUUCGAAAUGAAAUUCUACGGGAAGCUCUAAAAAUUGUCAAUGAGAAAGGAUGGUCAAUGGAUGCAAUUAGAGAAGGCGUUCGUACUCGUGGUCAUCCAUCUACCGUCGAAAGUUUAUUUUCAAGUGAAUAUGACCUUGUCGAUUAUGUUGUUAAUGAUGCAAAUAAAGCAAUGGUGAAAUAUAUGAGAGAGAGAAAAGAGAAAGGAAAUAUAAACACUGAACAGUUAUUAGUGGACGGUUUGAAGUACCGUUUAAGUUUCAUAAUUCCCUAUACACAAACAUGGAAUCAGGCUCUCGCUCUUGGUGCAAUACCUCAAAAUGCAUUUCGUGAAUGGAAAAAUCUCUUAGACUUAGCUGAUAAAGCAUGGCACACUGUUGGAGAUAAUUCAACAGACAUCGAUUGGUAUACAAAACGUUUAUUAUUAGCAGCUGUAUAUAAAAGUGCCGAAAUAUAUAUGGUUCAAGAUUCAUCACCUGAUAAAGCUAACACACUCAAUUAUUUAGAUAGUCGAUUAAACGAUUUUUCGUCAAUGGCUAAUGCAAAAGAUUCGGUAGGAUUUUUAGAAGAGCUAUUAUAA